GGAUAUCACAACCAAAAGCAUCAACCAAUCAACCAACCAAGUUUAAAAAACGAUUUUCGUUACUUUUUCAAAAUCUUCAACCAGUUAUCUAACAAUUCAAAAAUUUCUGUGACAAUAUUCACUUGAAAUUUAUUGGAAAACAACUUAUGUGUCAAUGAAUAACCGCGCCGACACCAAAGCAAAAUUAAACGCUAACUUAAGCCUUUCCAAACAUUUGUCAUCGAAAAAAGGUUCCCGUACCUCCAACUGCGGAAAUAUCCUAGAAUUCUCCGUGCUCACCCUCAUCCAAAGCGUUCCCUGAUUUCUUCACACCCCCCUCUGCCAAGCAAUCUAAAUUUGUCAACAUGGUCCAUAAAAAUCGCUCAUCUCGCAAAACCUGCCCCAUCAUGGAUGUCAGCCCAUUACGCAACACCCUGUCAGUACCGGCUAACAAAUACGAACUAUCAUCCAGCCCACGCAUUGGUUACACUCUAGAAGUUCCCACUCGUCGCAUGGGAGCUUCGUCUAACACAUCGAGUGCUUGGUAUUACAAUGAUAUGGUGAAAAACAAUCGUGAACAGUUCAAUAGCCUACAUUUCUGUUAAAACCCCAAUUUUUGCUAACACGUCAACAACAACAACAUCAACAACUCAAAAUGUCAUUCAAAUAAAAGUUCAUUAGAAAGUUUAUAGCAAACAAAAA